AUGAUCUCGCGUCUGCGACUGGGCGGCUCCGCCAACAACAACGCGAACAAUAGCGCGGCCAGCACCAGCUCCAGCCUCUUUGGCGCCGCGGCGUCAGCGAUGAGCAGCAUAAGCGGCGGCGGGAGUCUCUUGCCAGGCAACAGCAGCGUCGAGAGCGCAGCCGCCGCCGCCGCGGCCAAUCAUGCGACAAGUACCGGCUCUGCUGUGGUCUCUGGAGCGACAGGUGUGGAGACCCCCUCGACUAAUGGCAAAGCUACUGGUGGAGGGUUUUUUGGCGUCUCCCGCAUGGUGGCGCUCGUGAAUCAGGCAAACAGGAGUCUACAGACGUCGUUGCAAGGCACGACGGCAGUUCCUGCUGGCAAAGCAGGUUCACAAACACGGGGAUCGGGCUUGCAAGACGUCGAUCGGGAUGGUCAAGUGGUUGUCGAGAUUUUUGAGAACGAACGGCUUGAAGGGAAGCUGCAGGCGAUGGAUCCGAAACAUUUUAGUGAUCACCAUGCGGCACCGGGUGCCGGGCAUGAUGAAAGACCGGAAGGAGAUUUGCCAGCUGGUCAUGAAUGGGUAAACGACUGGGAGAUUGACCGGAGUUACACAGCAGUGGAUCGUGAUGGGUGGACGUAUGCAGCGGACUUUGUCGAGAUUGUGCGUUUGCUUGGUGAUGACCUGAGUCACGCCUCGCGUCAUCCCACUGACGCAGUGCGUCGUCGUCGAUGGAUUCGCUAUCGCCAGCCUGUGGAUGAAAAUGCGCCACAGUCUCCGACCGAAUCAGGCGGAUCCAAGUCGUUAGCUUCUUCUGUUGACACAAGCAAUUGGGCCGACUCGACAAACGGGCAGGGCAAUGACUACAUGACGGAAGACAACGAUGACCCGUUUAUGCGGACUGCUCAGAAGACACAGACGGGUUUCCGCGUGAACGUGACUUUUGCUCAUCGCGGAAAGAAAGAUAACACGAAAGACUACCAGAGCAUUAGCUUGACGGACGUGAUGUGGCUUGUGAAUGCGCAUGAUGUGACAAUUGCACCUACAGAAGAGUUGAUGCGCGAAAAGACGGCAAAUCUCGAAGAACAGAUCAAGGAGGCUACUUUGCGGUCGAAGUCGCUGGAGAAAGAGCUUCGUGCUCAGCACGAUAAGCAGAGUCGAGAGCUUGUCGUGCAGCAAAAGAAGUUUGAUGCUCUUGUGGCACAGUACAAGAAGGUGCAAGCGGAGAAUGAAAAGCUCCAAGUCACCGCAUCGGAGCAUCGCGUUAAAGUCGAAGCGCUACGCAAGGAAGCGACUGAAAAAGAUAUGCUGGCGAACGAAGAACAACGCGCACUAAACGCCGAGACUGCGGCGCAAAACCAAACGCUCGAAGAAAAAGCUAAAGCUCUUGCAACUGCGCGCAUGCGCUACAAGCGUGACAACAAGCGGCUUGCCAUGGCAGUGGAGGAAGCAAAGAAGCGUCUCGAGCAGCACAAGGCCCAGGCCAACAUGGACUCGCAGGAUCCUGUCGCUAAGGAUCUGAAGACCGAAAUGGACAAGGUACGACAGCUUUACGCUAAGUUGGAGGCCGUUCGUCAGCACCGUCUGGUUGUCGAGGAAGAGAGCAAGGCGCUGUUCAACCAAGUGGUAGAGAAGAAAGCCGACUUGAAGUUCAAGUCAAAGAAGAAGAUGGAGACAGCUUUGAGCGAGGUGGAUGCUAAGAUCAGUACUUUGAAGGAGGAACAAGCGUCGCUGUCAAAGAGCCUAGCUCAAAAACCUGAGGGCGAUGCUUUGCGCAAGAUAAAUGCCCGAAGGAACGACAUCAGAAGUGAAAUUGGUGCAUUGAAAGAGAGACGGACUAUGCUGCUUGCAGAGAAGCGGAAGCAGGAUGGCGUCGAGCUGUAG